GUGAAGCAAGAUUUACAUGCUUAUGAUUCUGUUGUGUUUGCUGAAGAAGAAUGUAAACAUGCUCUUGGAGAGGACCCUACCAAUAUUACUAUCGAACAGUAUGAAACGUACUUUAACCUUGUCAAAGCAUCGUUAAUUAAGAAACGUGGAAAACCUAAAGAUGAACGUAUACGUGAGUUACUUCAAGUCUACUACAACCUCCAACAAAAUAAAGCAGAACCUGUUUCAACUUUUGCUCAUCGAUUCUGUGAUAUUCAACACGAACACGAGAAAUGUAUUCCUGGAAUACACAAUACAGGCAAGAAUGAUGAUAUCGAACUGAGACAUGCAUUUUUGAUAAAACUUCGACCGGAAAUUGGGAAAGCUCUGAUGAGCCGAGACGCCAAGUAUUCUUCUCUAUCGGAAGUUAUUGAAGCUGCUAACAGAUUUGAACAAAGUUUUCCCCAUUACCUCUCCUUUCAGCAGACUAUGUUGACCCACUUCGUGAAGACAAAGCAAUGUUAA